UCUCGGGCACACGGGGGAGGGGGAGAACUAGAAACAUGGCGGUAGUGGUGGAGGUGCAGGUUGGAGAAGGUAUUCCCGGGAAACACGAGCUGGAUGAGGUUGAUAUGUCACACCUCUCCCCAGAGGAGCAGUGGAGGGUCGAGCAUGCACGCAUGCAUGCCAAGCACCGUGGUCACGAAGCCAUGCAUGCUGAAAUGAUCCUCAUCCUCAUUGCCACCUUGGUGGUGGCCCAGCUGCUCCUGGUGCAGUGGAAGCAAAGGCAUCCCCGCUCCUACAAUAUGGUGACCCUCUUUCAGAUGUGGAUUGUUCCCCUCUAUUUCACAUUGAAGCUGCACUGGUGGAGGUUCCUAGUGAUCUGGAUCUUCUUCUCUGCUGUCACAGCUUUUAUCACCUUCCGGGCCACCCGAAAACCACUCAUACAGACAACCCCAAGGUUGGUUUAUAAGUGGUUCCUGCUGAUCUAUAAAAUCAGCUAUGCCACGGGCAUCGCUGGCUACAUGGCCGUCAUGUUUACCCUUUUUGGGCUUAACUUAAUAUUCAAGAUCAAACCAGAAGAUUGUAUGGACUUUGGCAUUUCUCUCCUCUUCUAUGGCCUGUACUAUGGUGUCCUUGAGCGGGACUUUGCAGAAAUGUGUGCAGACUACAUGGCAUCUACCAUAGGGUUCUACAGCGAGUCAGGCAUACCUACCAAACACCUCUCGGACAGCAUGUGUGCCGUGUGUGGCCAGCAAAUCCACGUGGAUGUCAGUGAAGAAGGCAUCAUCGAGAACACGUACAGGCUAUCUUGCAAUCACGUAUUCCACGAGUUCUGCAUCCGAGGCUGGUGCAUUGUGGGAAAGAAGCAGACGUGUCCCUACUGCAAAGAGAAGGUAGAUCUCAAGAGGAUGUUCAGCAACCCCUGGGAGAGGCCUCACGUCAUGUAUGGGCAGCUGCUGGAUUGGCUUCGAUACUUGGUAGCCUGGCAGCCUGUCAUCAUUGGCCUGGUACAAGGCAUCAACUACAUCCUGGGCCUGGAAUAGUCAGAC